UGAUUACAAGCUAGUUUGUCGUGAGAGUUAGCUACUUGCAAGCUAGAGAUUAAGCUGUUGUUGUGUUGUGAUUAUAACUGAUAAUAGAUCGAUCGAUCGAUCAGCUACGUGUGUAGCCGGGGAGCCAUGAUGAGGCGGCUGGUCCUGGCCGGAGCCGUGGCGGCGGCGAUGAUGGCGACGGCGGCGGAGGGGUUCAUCUCGAGGAAGACGUGGUCGGAGAUCCGGCAGGCGAACCGCGGCGGCCCGUUCGUGGGGCUCGUCGUGCCCAACGCCUACGAGAUGGACCCUGUGCUCGGCUCCCCAAGCUUCACCCCCAGCGCAACCCUCCCCUACCUCGACGUCCAAGGGCGAAGGUUUCGCUUCGGCACCAUCGGAGGCCAAAACGUUGUCAUGGUCAUGACAGGGCUUAGCAUGCUGAACGCGGGGCUGACGACCCAGCUGCUGCUGAGCCUGUUCAGGGUGAAGGGCAUCGUGCACUGGGGCAUCGCCGGCAACGCCGACGAGGGCCUCCAGAUCGGCGACGUCACCAUCCCGGAGCACUGGGCGCACCUGUCCCUCUGGAACUGGCAGCGCUACGGCGACGGCCCGGAGAACGAGCUGCCUCUCGAGGCCGCCGGCGACUACACGCGCGAGCUCGGCUUCCUCAACUUCUCCGACUACGCCGCCGCCGGGCACUCGCCGAACCUUCUCAACAGCAUCUGGUACCAGCCCGAGGAGAUCUUCCCCGUCUCCGGCAUCCCGGAGCAGCGCCAGCACGCCUUCUGGGUCCCCGUCAGCAAGCGCUACUUCGCCCUCGCCGAGAAGCUUGAGGGGCUGGAGCUGCCGGCGUGCGUGAACGCGACGACGACGUGCCUGCCGCGGGCGCCGAGGGUGACGCGGGUGAGCAGGGGCUGCAGCGCCAACCUGUUCCUCGACAACGCCGCCUACCGCCAGUUCCUGCGCGCCAAGUUCGGGUGCACGCCGGUGGAGAUGGAGAGCGCCGCCGUGGCGCUCGUGGCGCACCAGCACGGCGUCCCGUUCCUCACCAUCCGCUCCCUUUCCGACCUCGCCGGCGGCGGCUCCUCGCUCGGCAACGAGGCCAGCAAGUUCCUCAGCAUCGCCGCGCAGAACGCCGUCGACGUCAUGCUCAAGUUCGUCCCGCUCCUCGCCGGCGCGCACGACGAAGCCAUGGACGUGUGAUCGAGCACUUGGUAUUAACAGUGUUGCAUGCCACCGAUAAUUAGCAAAACCCAACUUGUGACAGUUGUUAAGUGCUCCAUUUGCAGAGAAAUAAUUGGUCGUGGCUCCGUCGUUUACGUUGGCA